AUGGAUCAACUAAAUAUCCCUACUUAUAGCAGCAACAAUGUUAAUCAUGAAAUUGAUAGUGGUGAAUUAAAUGAUGGGGGUCGGAAUGCUUCAGUUGAAUCAUGGCUCAUCCAAGUAAAAAGACCAUCCAGUUUCCCACACCGAAUGUGGGAAGUGUCAGAAAAAGUAUGCAUAUAUAGGGUGCCUAAACACAUUAUGAUCUCUAAUGUAGAAGCUUACAUUCCUUUGGUUGUAUCAUUUGGGCCCUACCAUCACAAGAUAAGUGCUGAGCUCUCUACAAUGGAUCAAUAUAAAUUACAAGCAGUCCAUAUAGUGCUGGAAAGAUUGAAAAUAGAUGCAGUUUCACUGAUUGCAGAGAUUCAUAAAUUAGAGACUCAAAUCAGAGAAUGCUAUGAAGAACCAAUAGACAUGAAUGGAGAAGCACUAUCUUGGAUGAUGGUAAUGGAUGCUUGUUUUAUUCUUCAUUUCUUUAGUGGGGAGAACAGUACAAAUCGUUACAACUUUGCUUUCCCUAGCCUAGGUUAUGGUAACGUGAUGUCUCGUGACAUAUUGAAUGAUAUAAUGAAGCUGGAAAACCAAAUUCCUCUCUUUGUUCUCUUGAAAAUACUACAGAUGGAAUUUGGAACCAUUGAAGCUGCAGAAGACAAAUUAUGUAAAAUCCUGAGUAAAUGUGGUGUGUCCUUGGAACAUCCUUUUUUUCCGGUCUCUUCAUCAUCAGGAAUUGAAACUUGGGAAAUUCUAAUGGAUCAUAUUUUGAGAUCUCCACACCAUUUGUUGGACUUAUGCAGGAUGGUGAUUAAGGAUAGGAUAAUAAAUUAUAUCUGCAUUGAGCGUAGGCAACGUCGGUGGUCGAUAAAUACGGUACUACCUAGGUUUAUGCAAGGACACAGGAGCAUCGAUAUAGUUCGUCGUCCUUAUCAAGAGGCUUAUAAUCCUAGUGCUGAAUCAUUACACAAGGCUGCUAUAAAAUUUCAGCCAGGCCAAUUGCGAUUUGAAAAGAGAAGGUUUGGAACAACUACGCUUUCUCUCCCUCAAAUCGAUGUGGAUGUUAGAACAGAAGCAAGGUUGCGGAACUUGAUGGCAUAUGAAGAAUGCCAAAUUUGCUCGAGGCAGCCAGAAUCAACUGUAAUUUCAAAUUUUGUACUUCUCUUACAAGAUUUAAUCAAUUCAGAGAAAGAUGUUUCUUUACUUCGUAAAUUUCUUAUCAUCAGGAGCUGGGUCGGCAGUGAUGAAGAUAUAGUUCGCAUGUUCAACCGUCUUGGAGCUGAAAUCACAUUUAUUCCAAUUAAACAAUUUGAGGUGGUGAUGAAAGAGGCGAGAGAUCAUUAUAACAGUCGAUGGAGGGUGUGGUGGAGCCAACUUAAACAAGAUAUUUUUGCAGAGCCAUGGUAUAUUCUCUCCCUUUUGACGGCAAUAUUUAUUUUGGUUAUGACCGCUGCGCAAACUGCUAUGACCGCUAUACAAACUAUGUAUACCCUGAAGAAAUAG